GGUAACGCGGUAGCGGCAGCAGCAGCGGUGGCGGCAGGAGAGGAGACGCAGGAUCCGGUGUUUGAUCUCGGGAUGUGCUCGGCAGUCAGAGUCGGUUCUGACGAUGAUUCACAGAGUAAAGUGUUCAGUUUUAAACUCGGUGAGCUGUGAAUGAGUUUGGAGGGAAACAGGAACGUGUUUUCUCUGAUUGUAGUCGCCGCCAGUGUUCGCCUGUGUUCCGCCUGUGCCGCAGCCUGGUCCCGGUUUUCUCUGCUCUGAGGUGAGAAAAGGCAGCAGAGCAGCAGGAGGACGAGGACGUUUUCGUUUCAAACCCUGUUUUUAUUCUUUUGUUUUUUUUUUAAAUCUGGAGCUCGUAUUGUGAGGAUACAGCCGCAGGAAGGAGACAUUUUAUUGUGAAAGUCUUUUGUUGCGCUGACGGAGCGAACAUGUCGGGCCAGAGCAUCACGGACAGAAUCACUGCAGCUCAGCACAGCGUCACCGGCUCCGCGGUGUCUAAAACCGUGUGUAAGGCCACGACCCACGAAGUCAUGGGCCCCAAAAAGAAGCAUCUGGACUAUUUGAUCCACUGCACUAACGAGAUGAACGUGAACAUUCCCCAGUUGGCCGACUCUCUGUUUGAAAGAACCACGAGCACCAGCUGGGUGGUCGUCUUCAAGUCUCUCAUCACCACACAUCAUCUCAUGGUCUAUGGAAACGAGCGUUUCGUCCAGUAUUUGGCUUCCAGGAACACACUCUUCAACCUCAGUAAUUUUUUGGACAAAAGUGGGUUACAAGGCUACGACAUGUCGACGUUUAUCAGGAGGUACAGUCGAUAUCUGAAUGAAAAAGCUGUUUCUUACAGACAAGUCGCCUUUGACUUCACUAAAGUCAAACGUGGAGUGGACGGUGUAAUGAGGACCAUGAGCACAGAGAAGCUGCUCAAGACUAUUCCAAUUAUUCAGAACCAGAUGGACGCUCUGCUUGACUUCAAUGUUAAUGCUAACGAGUUAACUAAUGGCGUCAUCAACGCAGCCUUCAUGCUUCUCUUCAAGGACUCCAUCAGACUCUUUGCUGCUUAUAAUGAAGGAAUCAUCAACCUGCUGGAGAAAUACUUUGACAUGAAGAAAACUCAGUGUAAAGAAGGUUUGGACAUUUAUAAGAAGUUUCUCACCAGGAUGACGCGGAUAUCAGAGUUCCUCAAAGUAGCAGAGCAGGUGGGAAUCGAUCGAGGCGACAUCCCAGAUCUUUCCCAGUUCACAGUUUGUGCUCCCAGCAGCCUCCUGGAAGCUCUGGAGCAGCACUUGGCCUCUUUAGAGGGCAAGAAGGUCAAAGACUCCACUGCAGCCAGCAGAGCCAGCACUCUGUCAAACGCUGUGUCCUCUCUGGCCACCACCGGCAUGUCCUUCACUAAAGUGGACGAGCGUGAGAAACAAGCGGCUCUGGAAGAAGAACAAGCUCGACUCAAAGCUCUAAAGUUUGAUUCUCGCUCUGUGACUCAGGAACAAAGACUUAAAGAACUUUCUAAAAGACCUUCGUUUGCCACCACUGACACGUCCCCAGUCUCCACCACCGGGGGCGCUAUCAGCACUGCACCAGCCAUCGACCUCUUCUCAACAGCCAGCUGCUCCAACGGUGCAGUGAAGAUGGAGAGCGACCUGUUUGACCUCCAGUCAUCGUUCCAGCCGGCUCUUCAGUCCGGUUCUUCAGGUUCUUCAGGUCUUCCAGUGGCUACAGCCUGGUCAGAUCCUUUCACCUCUGCUGAAGCUGGAGACGACUCCAUGCCAAACCUCAACCCUUUCCUGUCAAAGCUGGUGGUGGACGCCACUCACUUACCUGUGGUGUCUUCAGACGGCGUUAGCUUUUCCUCUCGGACGUCUGCUCAUGAAAUGUUUGGCGAUCGUUAUAAUCCCUUUACUGACACAAACUCGCCUGUUUACAAACGCACAGUGCGGAUAGAACACUCCGUCUCAGACUCCUUCUGUGGUCCAGCAGCGUCCUCAGCUCAGCAGCUGUCUCAGCAGAGUCCUUUUCCCUCUGAGUGUGCGAGUGUCGCAGGUCUCUUCAGAGGUUACCCAGCAGCACAGGCUCCGCCCCCUCAGCAGUCACCUGGUCUGCAGGUGGACUUUGAGUCUGUGUUUGGAGCCAAAGCUUCAGGAGGCAACAGCUGCGUCAGCACAGACGAUAUAAGUGGAGGAAUCCUCAAACCGACUGUGGCUGGUUCCAGUCUGUCGUCCAUUCAGCAGCCAGAGAAGCUGGUGUCAGACGACCUGGACUCUUCUCUGGCUAAUCUCGUGGGCAACCUCGGCAUCGGAAAUGGAACGAUGAAAAAUGACAUCCACUGGAGUCAGCCGGGGGAGAAGAGGAUGACCGGCGGCACCAACUGGCAGCCGAAGGCAGCGCCCACCACGACCUGGAACCCCGUCUCCAUGCAACCGUCAGUCAUGACUUUCCCUGCGACCACGCCCACAGGCAUGAUGGGAUACGGCAUGCCUCCACAGAUGAGCUCCAUGUCCAUGAUGAAUCCUCCCUCCAUGAUGUUCUCACAGCCUGCUGCCGUCAGACCUCCAAACCCCUUUGGCUCCGUGUCCAGUGCUCAGCCGUCGGCAGCUUCGAGUCCGUCCAGCCAGAGUCCGCUCCGUGCUCCGGGUCACGACCCCUUCGCUCAUCUGUCUCUGAAGGAUUUCUUAUAGAUGGUCUGUGCAGAUUUUGUCCACAUGAAGCGUCUGACUGAAGACAAUGUAACAGUUUGACAGCAAAGCUUUGUCCUCGUCCACCAAACACACACACACGCGCGCAGAGGUGCAGCGUCUGUCAGUAACCAUGGUAACCGUGUCAGAGUGGGGGUUUGGCGACGGUUCGCUCUCAUUUUUCACUCAGUAACUCGUCGUGGAUCAGUUUUUCAUCUGUGACGUUUGUUCUGGAGCUGAAGAGACUUUGAUGUUUUUGUGUUUGGAUGAAGAUGAUGAUGAUGAUGAUGAAGAUCAGAGGAGGAAGAGGAUGGCGCUGCGUCACGAUGCUAAUGACGUUUACACCCGUUUAGUUCUGGUCUUUUUUACCGUGUUUACAGUAAACAUUCCUCGUGUGUUGUUUGUAUUUAUUUAUGGUUAUUGGUUUAAGAUCGAGGGAAAAUAUGAAUAAUAUUAAUAAUAAUAAUAAUGUAAAGUCUGCAGUCAUCACCUGUGGGAAGUGCUAAAACAAGGACUAUCAGUGAGAGUUAGCGAGAAACAUAGAGAUUAUAUAAAGCCACAGAUAGAGCACUAAUUAUUCACUUUGUCUUUGUUUGUUUACUAGAUGAAAAGUUUGACUUCAGACGUUCAGGGUUUGUUUAUUAGAGUCUGACUCGACGAUUCGAAUGAUUCUAAUGAUUCUGAUGACUCUAAUGAUUCCGAUGACUCUAAUGAUUCUGAUGAAUCUAAUGAUUCUGAUGACUCUAAUGAUUCUAAUGAUUCUGAUGAAUCUAAUGAGUGAUGACUCUAAUGAUUCUGACGAAUCUAAUGAUUCUGACGUUUCUGAUGGCUCUAAUGAUUCUGUGCCUCACGUUCAGUUUCUUCAUCUGAAGCUUGUUUUGCUUUAAGCUCGGCUGCUGACAUCGUUGACGUGUCUCUGUCGUGUCCCUGACGUGUCAUUGAUGUGACACUGUCAUGUCUGACAUGUCGCUGUCACGUCCCUGACGUGUCUCUGUCGUGUCCCUGACGUGUCAUUGAUGUGACGCUGUCAUGUCCCUGACGUGUCGCUGUCACGUCUCUGACAUGUCAUUGACAUCUCGCUGUCGCGUCCCUGACGUGUCGCUGUCACGUCUCUGACAUGUCGCUGUCGCGUCCCUGGCGUGUCGCUGUCACGUCUCUGACAUGUCGCUGUCGCGUCCCUGACGUGCCGCUGUCGUGGACUCUGUGACACUGCUGCUGCCGCCGCCGCCUUCACUCUGAAUGUCACACACUUGUUGUUCAUGUUGCACACAUCUUUCCACACUACUGGUCCUCAGCUGAGGGGGGCGGGGCUACGAGGGCGGUGGCUACGCUAACGUAGAAGAAGAUUUGAUGUAAAAUAUUAUGUAUAAAAGAUGCAGAGGUUUGAGGAGGAGGAGCGCUGUUGAUCGGCGCUCUGUGUAAAUACAAAAACUGACUGUUCUUUGAGAGCAUAAAGUGAAAGAUGUAUGAAAUAUGAAAACAAUUCAAUCAAAUUUGACUCUACCUAAGUUUGAUUCAGGAUAUUCUUCUCUGCGUUUGUCUCCGCAGAUGAUUUUUUUCUUUAUGUAAUUAGAACGUGUAGCAGACGACGACUGAAGUCUUUUCUUUCUUUUACAAAUAAAAAAGCAGCUUCCACAAAAAAAA